CUUGGCAUGGCGCGGUUUAUGGUGAUAGCCAUGCUUAUCGCGGCAGCUUCAGGCGAGCAACUCAGACAGGCACACUCUUCCUCGUCCCUCGGAUUCUCAGUCAAUCCUUGCAGCAUGGGUAUGCUAAAGUCUGGUGUCUCGAGGGCUCGGAGUUCCUGUAUCGUCGGGGCUCGGGCAGGAAGGAUGAAUCUUGCCGGAAACGAAAGAUCUGUAUUGAACAGGAUGAGAGAUACUGUGAUAGCUCAUUUUCUUGCAUCAUCUUUGAUCCUUGGAACACCUUUGGCCGAGUCCUAUGCUGCUGUAGAACAACCUAAAGUACCCGAGCGUCAAUACGACUUCCAACAAAAGUAUCAGGGACGGUUUCUAAUUGCGCAGGACGACUUGGGGAUCGGAGAUUGGAAGGAUCUCCUGAAAGACGAAGCAUCUUCACCACCACCGGCUAAACAAGCCCCAUCUGCUGUAGCACCUGCAGCGCCUGCUCAGGCUCCGACUAAGAAGGAGGAGCCCGUCCAGCCGCCAAAGACAGCGCCUUUGAGUACGACUGACUCGAACAAGAAGUCGACAUCUAGUGAUAACUUGAAAGCUCCUGACAUGAAGAAAUUCUCCAUGCCCGACAAUUUUAAGGCUCCAGAUAUGCCGAAAUUUUCCAUGCCAGAAAACUUCAAAGCUCCCGAUAUGUCCAAGUUCUCUAUGCCCGACAACUUCAAGACUCCUGAUAUCAAGAGUUUUGGUAUCCCAAAGUCUUUCGAUAUGAAGAUGCCUGAGUUGAAGGCUCCUGCCCCUGCCCCUGCCCCUGCACCGCAAGACAAGUCGGAGAGUUCAAAGGUGAAGGCGAAGACGGUUGAAGAUAUCGAGGGCAAAGCUUCAAGCAAGAGCUCUCCAGCUGCGAGGGUGGAGGAGGGCGUGCCAAAGCGGAGUUCAGCUCCUGCUACCACUCCAGCCCCUUUGCCAAAGAAGUCAGAAACGAAUGCACCGAAUGAGCCCAAGAAAGAAGCCUCAGCUGCGAAACCCUCUGUUUCUUUUGACAGCUUCAAGGUUUCCACCGAUGAUGUUUUGAAAUCGUUGCAGAAUGUCAGAAUCCCACAACCUGGAGAAGAGGCUGAAGCGGAAGCUAAGGCAAAGGCUGAGAAGGAGGCCAAGGAGAAGGUCGAGGCCGAAAAGAAAGCUGCAGCUGAAGCAGCAAAAGCUAAGGAGAGAGAAUUGAAGGCUCAAGCUGACAAAGCAGCGUCAGAGAAGCGAGCAGCGAAGAAGAAGCAGGAUGAUGAGAAAGCGAAGGCCGAAAAGUCGAAGGCUGCAGAAAAAUCGUCCAAAGAGGUGAAGUCAGCAGCUUCUCCUAAGGCAGCUGAGACCAACAAAGAGGAGAAGGCUGCUGUGGUCGUGCAGGAUGCAGCUCCAGUGAAGGCCAAGGCCAAGGCACAGGCUACCGCAAAGAAUGCCCAGAAGCCUGCAAGCGAGGAGCCAAAGAAAAUUUUGAGUGAGAGUGAGAAGCAGUCUCUGCUUGCUCAGAGGGAAACGGCAGCGCGUAAUGCCAAGAAGGAGUUACAGAAGGCACAGGCCAAUCUAAAGGAACUCCAGAAAGCUGAAAAAGAUGCAGAGAAAGUCGUCAAGGAGGCUCAGGCCGCGGCUGAAGCUGCCAAGAAAGCUGCUUGUGAGGGCCAAUUUAUUUGCAUCAAGGCUAUCACGGGUUUCUAAGUUUUCCAUGUGGAUUCAACGAAUUUUACCUCAC